AUGCUUGGUAUGGAAGCAAAAGUGCACUUCAACAUCGCAGCCAUGUGCGAGAAGCCAGAAGACUUGCAGGAGUCCGAGAGCCACGAGGGACCUACCCCCCGGCAGCGCCGAUCUUGUGCUGCAUGGCGCUUACUCAUGGUCAAGGUGAUGGAGCUGAUUUGGAAGUUCAAUGCCGACGUCAUGCAAGAGGCAAGAAAGUCACUGGGUAUGCUGCGCAAGAAGUGGGAUUCCAUUGCCACCUCGAAAAUGAAAGACGGCCUCCAAAGUGCCUACGAGUAUCUGCCCACACCCAAUGCAGAGCUUGAAUGGGUCGGGCAACCAACAUCAACGAGAGGUGUGGUGUGCCGAUUGCCACGCGAGAUGGAAGGUGGCAACUACACCAACACCAUAUCAGUUGCCAUCGGUGCCAAGCUCAUUGAUCAUGCAAACUCCUCAAGCCCUGCAACCACUCAGGGGGCGAUGCCUCCGGCGUCAGCAGCAGCAAGCAGCAUGAUCAAGAAGGAGUUGAGGGGCAAAUGCCAUCUACCUGCAAACCGUCUCAGGGUGAAGAAGGAGGGACCUACACAAGGGAGCCUUUUCUACAACUGCCCAGCGCAGGUAUGCAACUAUUUCGAAUGGGACCCAGUGGAGCUGGAGAAGUUGCAGGGCACGCCAAAGAAGGAACCGGAAGUCAGUCCGGAGCUCACCAAGAUGAUGGAAGAAAUGGAAGUGGCGAAGAAAGAACUGCAAACCAGAGAGGGCAGCAUCAAAGAGAGAGAGGAUUCAGUGCUGAUGAUGCAGCAGUCACUCCACGAAGGAGUCCGCAACUUGGUGGGAACGGCGGUGGAACAAGCAGAGCAGAGGCAUCAAGAGGUGAUGGAAUCACAACACGCACAACAUGUGAGCCAAGUGGAGCAGUUGCAAAACCAACUGUUCUGGUUCACGGCACUUGCGGGAGAAACCAGGGCGCGGGAAGUCAUCAUGAACGAUCUCAACAAGAGUCAGGAAGUGAUGUUACAGGCAAUCCAACUGCGGCAGAGAAUGAUGGCCGCCGAGCCCCAGUUUGGGGGACAAGAUGGAUGGAAAGAUUCCCCAAUGAACCCAAAUCCCAUGCCUCCUGAGGAAGUACGCCGCGAGGACUCUGGAGGAGAGAGGGCUCGAUCUGCGGAGGGCUGCGGGAUCCUGGAGGAGAGGAUGCCCGAUCUGAGCGCCCCCUGGGCAACGAAGGUUGGUAGUCACAAGGCUUGGAACACUGCAGUUCUCUGGCCCUUGCGAGACGCUGACAAACCGCCAGAGGAAAAAGUGAUCCAGCAGAUGUUUUGGAGCAAAGAGAAGACAGGUUGGAAGUUUCACCAAGGCAUUUUGCCUUCUCACGGCAUCCCGGAGGAUGUUGUAGUGGCAAUAGAUGCAGACUCCAUUGAGGUGCUUGCAGCUCAAGAAGAGGAUCAAGGUGUCUUAAAGAAAGGGUUGCGCAAGAGAAUUCAGAGAAACAUGAGAGAUCUCACCGUGACGGAGGUCUAUUCAGAGCAUCGGGUGGCGAAGACCGCCGAGCGUUUUGGAAUGAAAGCAGGCACCAGUUUUGACUUGAAGACAGGUGAUGGACUGGAGCACCUGGAGUUUUCCAUGCAGGUUGUUGCUGACUUGCGUGGCCCUCUUUUGUCUUUCUUGGGAGACAGGGAGUUACCGGCGCACACGUGGGCCUAUGGCCUUUGGGAUGAGCCUGCGUCCCUGCGUGAUUGGCAGGCGGAUGCGCGUGCUUUGGAGUGGCCUUUUUUGGUGGAGUCUACUGCGGUUGGUAGACAAUUUGUUUUCACGGAUGGGAGUUGCCUGUCGCCUAGGUCCCCUGUGCUUAGCAUUUCAGGUGGUUCUGUCAUCUUGGCGAAAAACACGGGGAAGUACGAGGUGGUUUGGUCUGGACUGGUGCCCGGACUGGAGCAGUCCAGUUAUCGGGCUGAGCUUCUGGCUGUCACCGUUGCGUUGGCCUCCUUUUCGUGUGUCACCGUUUUCUGUGACAAUUUUCAGGUCGUUACGUAUGCCGCAAAACUCCUGAAGAUGCCGGCUCGUUUUCGAUGUGAUCACCUUCCUGAGGAACACAAGGAUCUGUGGAGGUACUUCUGUUCCUGUACUCAGCUGCGAGCAUGGGGAGAUUGCAUUGUGAGGUGGGUUAAAGCGCAUCAGGAUGUUGCUUCUCUCGACGGGCAAGACAGAAUUUUGGCCAUCUUCAACGGUUACGCAGACGCCGAGGCCAAGAAAGUUGUCGUGGAGAGGGCGCGUUGUGCAUUGUACCGGGAGCUUUUCGCUUCUUGUCAUGCUAACAAGGAGGCCGCCGUCCGACUGGCGGACAUGCACGUGGCCAUCGCCCAGGCGUUUGUGGAGGUGGAUCGGCCUAGAAGAGUGUGCCUUGACCCGGCUGGCUUUCAGGUGGUCGGUAGGGGAGUAGCGCUUAGUGAAUUGGAGGCCGGCCCUCAGGUUCACGAGGCGUUUUCGAAGGUCCUGGUUCAGUGGCUUGGUGCUUUGCGUUGGUUUCCGACGUGUGCUGCUGGUUGGUCGGGUAUCACUGCGAUUGAAUUGCUGUGGCAGUUUGUCUUCGAUACUGGCAUGCUGCCCCCGUUCUGGUAUGAGGGCAGGUGGUGCACGGUUGAUGAGUCGGUGCUGUGCUCUUUUGUGCUUCCAGGGAUGCCGCGAUUAUUUCGUGCGUGGUCGCGUGCGCUGGGUGCGAUUGGUGGUUUGUCCUUCUUGGAGGUCGGUGAAGCUGGCGGUGGCUUGCGCGAAGCUUUGGGUUUUUCGGGGUUGGCGGUGGUUGGACGGAUCCCCCUGCAUCCCUCGGUGGUUGAGGACCUUUCCUCGCUCUUCCGUCGGUCUUUUGUUGUUUCGUCUUUGAGGUUCCCGUCCUUUUGGUAG